GGAAGAUUACAUGUAUAUCUUUCUUUUUUCCUAGUAAAUAGCUAGGUAGAUAAAACAGCAUAAAAAUCCAAACUUCCAAAACAACCCAAUUUAGCCCUCCCCCUAAACCACCACCCCAAAACCAACACCCCAAAAACAACACCACCAACCCUUCCCCCCACAACCAUGGCCGCAACAACAGGCUUCAUAACCCUCCCGGACAACGUGCGUCUCGCAUACACACAAACCGGACCCACCUCCGGCCCCAAUAUCGUCUUCAUCCCAGGGUGGAUCCAAACCGCCGCACAAUUCCACAAACAAGUAACGCACUUCCAGACCCGCUUCCGCGUAACAACCUACGACCACCGCGGGCACGGAGACUCCGACAAGCCGGUCUUCGGGUACCGCGUGCCGCGUCUCGCCGCGGAUCUCGACGCGCUACUCGAGCAGCUCGACUUGCACGCCGUGACUCUCGUCGGGCAUUCCAUGGGCGCUAGCACGAUCUGGGCGCACUGGGACCUGUUCCCGCACACACGGGUUAGGAAGGUGGUUUUCAUCGACCAAGCGCGCUCUUUGACAAUCAACCCGUCGUGGACCGCGGAGGAGAGAUUACUAGCGGGAGCGGCGUUCACCCCGGAAGCACUGUUCGAGAUGGCGAAUAAGCUGGCGGGACCCGGGGGGGACGAGGUGAGGAGGGGGUUGGCGGGGAGGUUUUACACGGAGAAUGUGGACGCGGCGGAGUUUCGGUGGGCGGAGGAACAGACGGCGAAGGCGCCGGCGAGGGUGGCGGGGGCGAUGAUGUUGGGACAUGCGCUGUGGGAUUGGGGGGAUGUGUUUCCGCGGUUCACGGUUCCGGUGCUGGUUAUUGCUGGGAAGGCGAGUAUAGUGCCGGUGGAGAGUGGGCAGUGGAUUGUGGACCAGGUUGGGCCGAAUGCGCGGCUGGUGGUUUUUGAGAAGGAGGAGGGGGGUGGUCAUUUUACUUUCGUGGAGAAUCCGGAGAAGUUUAAUCGGGUUCUGGAGGAGUUUCUUGAUGAAUGAGGGGAUGGGUGGGUUCAGGGGUUGCUGAUGCCAUAAGCCUG